AUUACGUUUGAAAUUACUGCCGAGUGGGAGGGAAAUGAGACGAGUUCGGCUCAGCAGCGAGACGGCGUGAAAGAGGACGCCAGUGUGCCCAUUUUUAAGGGUCGUGCCAGCAGCAGCAGAGGUGACUCAAAACAUCAGUCCAGAGAUCCCUACGAUCCCAAGGCGCAAUGGAAUCCCAACUGAACAUCGUGGCCUUGAUGCCGGCAAUCGAGCUGGCUCCAGAUCUAGCUCAGACGGCUACUAUCCCCAGUACUAUCCCCAGCAUGUAUACACCAGCGAUAGCUCCGAUGUGGGCGGCAUCUAUCGCAACGGCGAAACUUGGACCCAUUACGUGCCCGUUUGGACCACGGAGCGGUCUCCGCAUGAGCAGAGCCAGCUGCAGCGACGUCCCAGCUGGAAGCCCUGCUACUGCAUGGCCUCCUAUGGCACCGACUACAGACGCCGUCGGGCGACAAAAGGCAUUAAAGGACCCUCAAGACGGGAAUUGUCAAAGGCAAGUCCAUAAGGUCGACAGCAAGCUGGAGCAGCCUUUCUCCUAAAACAUAAGAUUCGUU